UGCCGGUGUCACCAUAUUUGGUUGCAACUUCCUAUGACAGGUCGGCGCGGGAUGAUGGUGUGCAUGUCGCGCUUGUGGCAGCCGGGCUCCGUGCUCGCAGCGCGGCUCGGAAAGCGGGUUUGGUCUUGCAGCCGAGUGGGCCUUUCCGUCCAGCACUAUAGCACCGAGGCAGCUCCUCACAUACCGGGGAUGGAGUACCAGGAUGCCGUUUGCACUCUUAACACACUUCAGACCAAUGCCAGUGCUCUGGACGAGGUACGGCGGGUGCGAAACCACCCUGAGUUGCAGCUCCAGGCCAUGAAAGGUUUCCUGGAACGGGCUGGCCUCACAGUGAAGGAACUAGACCACCUAAAUAUCAUUCAUGUGACAGGAACAAAGGGCAAGGGCUCAACAUGUGCAUUUACUGAACAGAUUUUAAGAUCUUACGGCUUCCGGACAGGAUUUUACAGUUCACCACAUUUGGUCGAAGUAAGGGAGAGGAUUCGAAUCAACGGACAACCUAUUGGGAAAGAUCUCUUUACAAAAUACUUCUGGCAGGUUUACGGACGCCUCGAUGAAACAAAGGAAGCCAAUGAUGGGACAAUGCCUGCAUACUUUCGUUUCCUCACCAUCUUAGCCUUCCAUGUCUUCCUUCAGGAGAAGGUGGAUUUGGCUGUAAUUGAAGUUGGGAUUGGCGGAGCGUAUGACUGCACCAACGUUGUAAGGAGACCUUGGGUAUGUGGUAUCUCAUCUCUAGGAAUAGACCACACUCAGAUUCUUGGAGACACCUUGGAAAAGAUUGCCUGGCAAAAAGGUGGCAUCUUUAAGCCAGGAGUCCCUGCUUUCACAGUCAAACAGCCAGAAGAGGCAAUGUCUGUGCUAAGGAGCAGGGCCAAAGAAAUCUGCUGUCCCCUCUGGGUGUGUCCAGACUUUGAGCAGUACCAGGCAAACUGUGGACCUCUGAGUCUGGGCUUGGCAGGGCAACACCAGCGUACCAAUGCCUCUCUUGCCCUACAGUUGAGUCACACUUGGUUACAAAGGAGAUGUCUACCAGAAGAAAAGUAUUUGUCCACCAGACUUAAGACGACAACUAUAUCUGAAGCACCUCCCUUUACACCUUCACCCAACAUGAAGAAAGGACUUGCCAACACUGAAUGGCCUGGAAGGAAUCAAACAAUUAAACAUGGAGAAGUCACAUACUUUUUGGAUGGUGCUCACACCAUGCGCAGUAUGCAAGCUUGUGUGGACUGGUUCCGAGAGACUGCAGCAGAGCAUGAAAGGAAUUCAUGUGGACCUGUAGCCAGAAUCUUGCUCUUUAACGCUACAGGAGAGAGAGACUGCGCAGCCAUGCUGAAACUUCUGAUGCCUUGCCAUUUUGAUUUUGCUGUCUUCUGCCCUAACAUCACUGAGACCAUCACUUCCUGUAAUGCAGACCAACUGAACUUCAAUGUGUCGGUGGAACAUAUGUUAACCCGCUGCUUGGACAACGAGAGGAGCUGGCGCUUGCACAACAGAACGGGGGACACAGACAGCAACCCGCUUCUGAUUGAGGACAGCUUGUCUUUGGCCCCCGACAAGAAAGCGGACACGCUGGUGUUCCCCUGUAUCCUCAGCGCCCUCCACUGGAUCACACAGGGUAGAGACCCUGUGCUGGCGGACCCUUCCAAGAAAGUGUUCCCGUUGAAACCCAGUGUGAAUGCCAAAGCUGCUCCACUCUGCAAUGCAGCCCAGAUUCACAUACUUAUCACUGGUAGCCUGCAUCUGGUAGGAGGUGCACUAAAACAUCUUGUUCCUCAAUCCGCCUAGGAACUGGAAUUCCUGUUAGAAUUAGCAUGGAGCUGUUAUAUUUAUGGCCGCUAUUGUUCUGGGCAGUGGGACAGAAUCACAUGGAUGAGUGCCCCCUUCACAGUUCAGCAGCUGUUUUUAGUAUAUCUUCUCAAGGGAGUGAAACUGUGUUAUAACUUCAGGGUAGUCUGUGUAUACCUUGUAAAGUAGUAAAGAUUUAACGUACUUAACACACAGAUGACUGUACAAAAGUGUGUGUGAAACCUCUCCAUAGUCGUUAUCUUGGCUACAUGGCAGAAGGGGAGGGAAUAACUUGAGUAGUAGCAGUUCACCAAUUAAAAGGAGAGGAAGCAGUUAAACAUGCGAUCGUCAACGACGGUAACCAAUUUGAGACAAAAUUUGCACAGAAAUUAAUUAGUGUACAUACACCAUUUGAAACACAACCAAUAUUUUGUGAGCACCAUUGCUGUCCAGCACUGCCUUUAAUCCAUUUAGCCACGGAAGUAAUUAGAGUGGCAUAGUUUGAUACUGAAAUCCACUUUCUCUCAUUCAUGGUGUCAUGGUGGGCUCACCAGUUUCGUCAGCAAUCAUGCUUGACUGGCAGCGAGACUCGCGUGUUACCAGUUAUUAAACAAUAAUUGCUGUGUUAGGUGGAUAGUUAAGCUGUAUUGUACACAAGCUGUACACUGUCUACUCUAAAGAAUGUCUUAAGUUUCAUUUCUAGUCCCUUGAGAAGAUAUGCGGUACUAUAUAAAAAUUGUUGCUAAACAUUGGGGCGUGCUCUUUGUGUAAGCUAGAGAGUAGAUCACUGAUAUUUGCGGAGGUUGCUUUCUAAAACCACAGAAAUGAGAUUUAUCUUGGCAAAAAUAUAUUUUUCCGCCAUUAAAAAUGCUAAAUUGCGAAUAUGCAGGGAUCUAUUUAUGUUGGAGAGAAACUGUCUCCAGGUACUUUGGUGUUAGAUCUAAGGCAGCUUUAUCACCGGUCUAGCCUCACGCGAAGCCUUAAACACUGGAGUGCCAUGUCAUCCCACUUGAAGUCAAAAGUGUGUUUACAGUGGGUGUAUAUUCCGUUUUAAAUUAUAAUAUUUUUGUACAUCACCCACCCAUUCCAAAAGAUAUAUUUGUGUGUCUGUUUAGAUCAGGCCUGAGCAAUUAUUUUGACUUGGGGGCCACAUUUAGAGAAAAAAAUGUGUCUCAGGGCCGGUAUAUCUAUUUUUAUAAACACUAAUACAAAACCUCACAAUAAUGUCUGAUUGACUGCUAAAAAUGUUAUGACAGACCACCUUAAAAAACAUGAUGGAAUUAAAAAAAAUUCUAUGAAGGAUAAAACACUGAAUAUUGACAAAAUAUGAAGGUCACACCCCCUUUCGAUCGACACGUUUUACAAUCAAGUGAAACGCAACAAAAAUGCAACAAACGGUGAAAUAUGAACAGAAAGAGUACAAAAUAAACCCACCUACAAUCUGAAAUAUCACUAAACUUUAGAACUUUGUGAGAAUCUCCUUCCGCUUCUGUGGAAACGCUCCCCAACCACACUGCUUGAUGCCACGUCUGAGCUGCUGUGACUUACAUUACCAUAGUAACUGAUUAGAUGACCAUGGUAACUAAUUAGAUUACCAUAGUAACUAGUAUAUCAUCCUUAAGUGCAGAUUCCAACCAUUCAAAUGCCUGUAUAGUUGAAGACUUACGGUUGUUAGAAAAGAUCACUGCACAUCAUAAUGGCAGCUACACUCUCCAUCUUAAAGAUUUAAAAAAAUUAUUUGGGAAUGUCCGGCGGGCCAAAUUGAAAAGCUCAAUGGGCCGCAUGUGGCCCCCGGGCCUUAAUUUGCCCAGGUCUGGUUUAGACAAAUGUAUACAUAGAUACAAACAUGCAGUGGUAUCUCGUUUUUUUUGUAAACCAUAUUGUACAAAAACUGAAGCAAUUUUUCCCAUAACCAAUAUAAAUCAAAUGAAUUUGUUCUGAAUACUCAAAAAUAUGAACACAAUUUUUUUUUAUGAAUAAUUAUUUAUAGUUUACAUGUAGACAAAUAAUUGAAUACCAAUAAAUGAUGCAUGAGAUGUAUAGAUGAAUAUUUUUAACGUCACGUUUACCUUAAUUGAAGACUCUUGUUAGCAAAGAGGGAGGAACCACACGGUCGUACUUUUCUAGAAGUUUUUUUUUUUUUUAACAUUUCAAUAGUAUUUUUCACUCUUUGUCCAAGUGCUGUCACAACUUUAUUUACCCUUGUGGUGGGUUAUUUUUUUUGUGGGGGCACUCCAUUCUACAGAAUUAUGUGCAGGUAAACAGACUAGUUUAGUCGAACAAUAAUUGAGAUGGUGAGGAUAAACGGGGAAAAUUAGAAUGGGAAAAACAUUUAAAUAAAAUGCAGGGCAUAGGAAAAAUCCAGUUCCACCGUACAUGAAUACAGUAUAUGUACAGUAUCUGUAAAUACACAACUUAUAUCCACUUCUACAUCCACUCAAGUCAGUUAAAGAAUAAGAGUGUAAUACACAAUAUGGUUGCAGGUGGAAGUUUUUAAUGAUGCAUGAAUGUCACAGAAGUUCUCACUUAAGUAGCUCAUGUAAGUCCGUUACCCCUUCAAAUGUUUAGGAGGGGACAUUGUCAUUUAAAUGUUCUAAUAUACCGCAUUUUUUGGACUAUAAGUCGCUCCGGAGUGUAAGUCGUACCUGCCGAAAAUGCAUAAUAAAGAAGGAAAAAAACAUAUAAGUCGCACUGGAGUAUAAGUCGCAUUUUGGGGGGAAAUUUAAUGCAUUAAAUCAAACCACAAGAAUAGACAUUUGAAAAGCAAUUUAAAAUAAAUAAAUAAUAGUGAAUAACAGGCUGAAUAAGUGUAUGUUAUAUGACUCAUAAAUGACCAACUAAGAAGGUGCCUGGUAUGUUAACGUAACAUAUUAUGAUAAGAGUCAUUCAAAUAACUAUAACAUAUAGAACAUGCUAUACGUUUACCAAACAAUCUGUCACUCCUAAUCAAUAAAUCUUAUACGUCUAGUCUCUUAUGGGAAUGAGCUGAAUAAUAUUUGAUAUUUUACGGUAAUGUGUUAAUAAUUUCACACAAGUCGCUCCUGAGUAUAAGUUGCACCCCCGGCCAAACUAUGAAAAAAAAACUGCGACUUAUAGUCUGAAAAAUACGGUACCUCUACAAUGACAUCAAAUAAACCUUUUCCUAUUAAUUAUUUUCCCAUUCCCCCUCUAAUCACAUUUGUGUAUGUCACAUAAAGAACUGAGUUUUAAGGUUUUUGGAAGUGAGUUUUGAUCCAUAAUGUCUUAAUACCAAGUCAAAAUAUAUAUAUAUAUUUUUAAGGAAAGAGAGUGGAAAGCGUUGCUUUUGUCUCAGCCAAAUUCAUUGAAGCAGGGUUUACGUCAAACAUAAUACAUGAACUUCAGGCUUGAGCUUGUGCAGCCACGAGUAAUGUGACAUGGUAAUAUGGACGAGCCAAUAUUAUUUGAGGCAUUUUUCUCAAAGACAUCAGAAAUGUAUAAGCCUGCGGUCAAUAAUAUGAGUAACCAUUUUCUUCUGAGUACAUGUCUGCUUGUUCAACCUGCCCCCUGUAAUGGCAUAUUGUCACUACAAGUUAAACACUAAAAUAAAACUACCUAAAAUACAUUCAUCCUAUGUUUUUGUCAUCACCUUUUAUCUCCAUGCUGGUGGUUGGGUGAAUUUGAAGUCUUACCAAACAAGUAAAGAAAUUGUUGUUAAAUAAAAGUGUUCCAUUUCUUGUA